GAUGUUUUAUUAUGAAAUUUCUAUGUGCAAUUACUAUAGCUACAAGUGAAAAGUGAAAGGUCUAUUUUAACAUAGCGAUAACCCAUAAUUAUAGGUUUCGUAGUAAUCAAUUAUCUACUUCAGGAUGUAAAGGGGAAAACAAGUAUGAGGUGAUUACAUCGAGUGUCAACAACGCUAAUUACACUAUAACUACUUUCCACGUGUGAAAAUAAUUAUCAUAUAAUAGAUAUAACCAUUAUUCACUUUUUUAAAUUCAUUUUUCCGUAUACAGAUAAUGUUAUUAAAUAUCAAACUUCGGGUAUCACGUACAAAGUUAAGUAUAUAUAACUAAAAAUUGUUACUCCGAUAAAAAUCAUUAUAAAUUGCAUUUAUAAUGUACUUCAUUCGUAAUGUUUUAUGUACCAUUGUUUUAGUAUAUUGUAUCGUAAGAGAUUUCCUGAAGCGUUUUCUAAACAAUCAGCUUACAAACAAAAGGAAGGAUGAUUUUUGUGCGGUAAUUUUUCGCUAUGCACGCAAAUAGUUCCAUAAUCGAUGUGAGGUCAAUAUCACGGACGUAGGUUCUUGUGAACGUGAUCGCUUUCGUCAUUUAUAGCUUAUAGCUGAUAUCUGGCGAGUUAUGAAACGUGGGGGCAUCUAGGUGGCACGGGGACAGAAACAGCGUCGCCCGCCGCUCGGUUGGUCAUCGUCGACGCAAUAACGCGGACUCAGCAACUGAUAAGCAAUCCCGCACGUUAAUGGCUCGCGCUCACGACUUGGCAAAAAGCCAGUGCGUGUUGGCGGAAUGAGAAUCUUACAGCCACGUCCAUUCAUUUUCUUCUUCUAUCUCUUUCUCUCUGUGUUAGACGUAACACGUUGGAUUAAGUGCUAUCUUUACAAACUUUUACUCAUCUUCACACUCAGGCGCCAAGCACAUCUUCAACGUUUAUUCACUUCUAUGCUCGUUUAUCUCUAAUUAGUGUCGAUUACGGUGCUUUAUUUUUUUGCAAUCACUUCUUAAUAUUGUCCCUAAAACAUCAUGGAUAUUUUUGUAAAUUGGUAAAUAUAUAGACAAACAAUUUCACUUAAUUGAUGUACGUGAAAUAUUUCUUUCGUUAAUUAAUAAUUAGAGAGAUGAAUAUUUUAAAGAUUAAUUUUUUUAUAACAUUUCAGUGACAUUUUUGUUCCAAAGACAUUCUUUGAGUAGAUAGUUAAGAUAGUUCAUUCUCGUUAAUUUAUAUAGGAUAAUAUAUUACUGUAACACAAAUGAAAUGGUAAGUAUGAAUUUUAAAUACUCCUGAGAAAGAAAAUAUUUUUUACGAUAUAUACGAUAUCUAUUUAAGACAUUUUCACGGAACAGUCAACGUUAGCCAUCUUCAUGUUUCAGAAGCUAUGCCUGUUGCAGUUACAGUAGUUUUGUCUGCCAGAAAGUAGUGAGAAUUUUUACGAACGAUUUGCACGGAUUAUACCAGCCUGACAAGAUGAUUAAAAAGACCUGCGCGUUCGCUUUAGCAUAGCGUGACCCCUUUUUGGCACAGUAAAUCCCGCAGCUUCUUAUUCCACCCUUUCAGAAAAAAGUUUGCCCACCCCUUGGUUAACUGGUAAACGCCUCGAGCUGUCUGCACGCGCACCUGCUAUGUAUAUCGCCCAGCCGUUUCUUACCACGCGACCACGACUUAUGUCCUCUACUGAUAGAUAACUUUACAGAGUAAAGAGAGAAUAUUGUUGCAUUUCGAUGGAACAAUAUUGGACAAACUAUCAAAAAAGAAAAAUUCUUGAUUUUCUUUGUAAGUAUAUACGUUUUAUAAAUAUCGAGAGAGGGAAAUUGCAUCACUUUAUCCUGUUUGUUCUCUAUUAAAAUCACCUACUCUUUUUGUGCACGGUCCGUGUCAGCUGAUUACCAUGCAGUCUCACACGUGACUUGAUCUUGGAAUAAGACGGAUGCGUGAGGUGAUUGCGUUAUGUUCAUGGAUUCACGAUCCGUUCGCAACAUAGAUUUCUCGUCGAACAGACGCAAGAUGGUUCAGGAUUUACGAUUAUUCGAUGGUACUCUCGGAUAGAAUUUUCUAUAAACUCUCUUUAAGUAUACGAAAGUCAAUAUAUUCUUAUGAAGAGCAAUCACGUUCGCUGGUACUCUGUUACUUGUAUUGCAAUACGUAAUGUAAUAAUUAAGUCAACGUUUCUAGAUUAACUUAGUUUAAACUACAUUGUCAAAGACGAACUUCUCAAAUUUCUUCACGGCACAAUCGAUUCCAACAGUAGUAAUCGAAAAACUAUUCUCCAGGUAGAAAAUAAAUUUUUUCCAUAAAUUUUCUCGGAUACAGAACAGUUGGAUGAAGAAUUUUCGUGGUAGAAGCCGUGAAGACGUUUCGAUGCUGCAAUUUGUAAGACAAAUGCGUUGUUCACCUAACCAUCUGUUAAGUAUGUUUCGUCGUGAGAUAUGUUCAGAUCCGACGAUCGAGGGUUACAGAUCGCCAACGAUGGGUAGCCUUUACCGUAUCAUCUCUCUCUCUCUCUCCUUUCUCUCUCCCUUCUCUCCACCUCUCUCUUUUCUUUUUUCACGAGGAAACACGAGCGUAGAGACAGGGUGGAGACCCGAAUCCUGAAGCAGUGGACCGUGAAUGCGAUACCAGGUUUGCCAUGCUUCGGUGUGGGGGUGGUACCGUCAAACAACCGUUCGUCGACCAUCCCUUCGUAGUGCAAAUCCCAUCCUCUGCAGGUCACUUCCCGGACUGUGAACGACGUCAAAGUGAACGGACAUCGCGAAUAUGCACGAGACAGUGCUUUGCGCUUUCCGCCUUCGAAACAAAGGAACAAACGUGCAGCAAGAAGAUAAGAGAUAGAGUGAGGAAAUAAACAAACGAUAUGGUAUAGAACCGCUAGUGACCGACCAGUCACGUUAGACCGAACGAAAAGUAGAAUUCGUUGUAAUUCCUUACUGUCCACUAAGAAGUUCAAGGUCGGCUUCAUCCUGAUGCUGCAGCACUCUCUGACGAUUAACCCAUAGCCCGAGAGUAGGAGGAACAAAAUUCGUCGAAGCCGCACGUCGGUCACAAAAUUCAUCCUCCAGCGGCAAAGUUCGAGGAGUGAAAGAAAAGGUGGCUCUCCUUGCGGAUACAACUUACAAGCUACAAUUCUGUGGCUACGAAGCGGCUACACCCUUUUACGAACGCGCGGCUCAACCACUCAUGGACCGACCAGUUUCGCCCCGAGUGGCAAGUGUGGCGGGAAUUAUGCAAUUAUUGCAUUGCGCUCGCAAUUGUCGCGGAAAACGGCGACUGCCUGAAUGGCCUGAGUGUCUAAGGGGUAACGGGGCAAGAAAGGGGGAUUUCCUCGUCGUUUUACUACCGACAUUUCCCCGAUUUUCUACCCAUAAAUUUUCCAGGAGAAUAUGUCAAUUUCGAAGAAAACCGCUAUGAGAUAUCAGCCGUCAGCCCACGAGAACAAUGUUCAUUAUGGAAACCAGUAUUAUGCUUCACGGCGCUAUGUCUGUACUGUACCACGCUUGAUUAUUUUAUAUCUCUCAUUUUCUGCCAUCGACUAGACGAAUUUAUAAAUUGUAAAAACUAUUAAAUUAUGUGCAUCGACCAGGGAGGAACAAUCAACGUAUGGACGUGGAGGGGUCAGUGCAGUAACAACGAGACGAUCCGCAAAUAAAGAGGACCUGCAGGAAAUCUGCAAACAUGAGCGAAGCAAACGGGCCAGUCCAUUAAUAUUGCCUCGUAGGAUCUGAAGAAGAAACGAACGGUGGACCCGAGGUCUCUCUCCUCGAGCAAAGCUAUAAAAAUUAAUUAGCUCUUAGAAGGAGAAGUUGAACGACGACUAUACCUCAACUCGUUCAACAAAAUCCAUGAAGCCAUCCUCCCUUGAAACGAUCGUCGACCUCUCUCCGUGUUCGAAGGAUCUAAGCUGGCACGGUGUAAUGGAUCUCCGAUGGAUGAUCGAUACGUUAUCCCACGAACGACGUCCGAUCCAAAACCUUUUUCUCCGCGUUGUUGUUCCAACGUAUAAUUAGUCAUUGAUUCGAUUCGGGAACGUUUUGUUAAGAUGGUUAUAUUUUAGGUCUGGAUCGUGUCUACAAGAUGAUUCAUUGCGACUGUGAGAUUUUGAAUCGCGAUAUAUAUAUGUUUUAUCUACUUUAUCUAUUUUCAGUGAUGAAACAAAUGUUCUUUUUUUACUUUCACCUUGAAAUGAUCUUUGUGGUAAAGAUAUUCAAUUAUAAUUUUAACUUCUGCUUGAAUUUUAGGAGUCGAGAGGAAUAAGACGUGUGUAUAAUCCUCUCGAGAUAAUUCUUUGUUCUUUUCCGAAAAUAUAGUGACCCGCGUUGUACACGAAAUUUUCGAUAAAGCCCGUGUGUUUGCCAACUCUUCACAGCGGUAAUGUUUACUAGCGCUAAUGGCUCGUUUUACAAUUGUAGGAGGAAAAGAGGCUGCCGGGUAGAAAAUGAAAGAGAGGCGUCUAAUUUGACGUAGUACAAUUGUCAUACAGCACAGAGGGAAUUCGAUUAUGGCCAGUAUCCACAAAUUGCCUUCUAGUUAACGGGAAUAUCUUGCGGUUGAACUAUCGCGAGAUAAUUACACUUCAACCGCUAUAAUAGCAAGUUAGUUAUAGAGCGGCGGAUCUUAACUCGGGAUCUGCGAGCUUGGUUGAUCGAGCACAUCCACGGAGCAAAGGAUCCGUUCUGUCAUCGUUUACUUCUCGAGAAGACAAACUUCAAUCCACGAAUGUUUGAGGAAGCCGUUUACCAGUCAUGUGAACCACGCGAUGCCAAUGUUAAACUGGCUUCUUCUUUUUAUUUCUAUUUGUUUUUCUCCUUCUUCUGUCUACGUUUCCUUCGUUCAUAUUUCCACGAAUUCUUUUCUGGUUAAAGUAGCUCUAGAAAUUGCAAUUUAGUACGAUCCCCAAGAUAAUUCUCUUGUCUACGAAAUUGUAUAAAUAUCGGAGAUUGACGGAACAAUUGGUGGUUGACAUAUUUUUAACUACGAAUAAUGUUUCACGUUAAUCUGCUUCUUUCUAAUUAGCCUGUAAAAAAAUAGCAUGGAGAUCGAAAGGACGCGAUUGAAUAAAUUAGAGAACUGAACUUUAAUCGACAUAGAAACGCGAGAGGAAAAAGAAAGCAGCCAGAUGUAACGCGACAAGAGGUAAUAGAUAUUUUUCCAAGAUUUAAAAGUGUCUGCAAGAGUCAACCCACGGAACCUUACCUCACACUAUGUGCACUGGCGUUCAAGCUCGAGAGCUCUUCGCCUUCGGAACAAUAAAACCAUUCCUGUGGGGGAGUGAAACAACUCUGGAAACCGUUCUUCAGAUUGCUGAUGGAGGCACAGGAUCAUAAUUCACACGCACAAACAGAGUCGAAACACGAAAUGACGAUGUUCCCGACCGAAAGGAUACUGCGAAACAGCAACUUUACAAUCACAGAACAGAUUUUACGAGGCAAUUGGAAAUCAGAACGGGAUGACCUUUGUUCGGAGAUCUUUUAUGAGCCCCAAAAACGUGCAUAUGGAGACGGUAGUUCGUGGACGAACCCUCGAGGACCGAACAAUCGAGUGCCCCAAGAACUACCUACUCACUUACAGACUCUCACCUCGACUAGUCUACCUUUCUCUGUCUCUUGUUCUCUCUCUGUCAUUCCAUUUCUCUCCCCCUCCCUUUUAACAACCCUGUCCUGCGGCACCGAGUCAUAACCACAAGGAGUACAAUGGGUGGAAACCACUGGCGGCUUUUCACUGCCACUUCUUCGUCCCGCCAAUUAAUUUCCGUGGAGCCGAUCUCGUUCCUCAAGGAGACCACUCAAGAGCUGCCGAUGGAUGAGCAUAAAUCUUCAAAUCCGUCGUGUCGCCCUUCUUUCUCCCCUCCUUUUGCCUAGUGCUAUUAACGCGUUUAACUUGUGAGAUCCACCUGAGUUGAGAGUAAGACCCUCGAGUGUUCACGAUGGGCCAGUCAUUCAUCUUUUUAUGACCGGCUCCUUUAAGACAUCGUGCACGCGUCUAAUUGUUACCUGUAUUUUAUAGCUACUAGAAUAAGCUAUGUGACGGUAUAUGGUUCUUUGAAGAGGAAGGACUCGGAGGAAUUUACAAUUUUUGGUAAGAUAGAAAGGAAUUUUCUUUUCUCGUUCGAGAAACUUUGGGUAAUAUUUUUUCGAGUAACGAGUAAAUUUUUCUCUAAUACGUAAUCUGAAGAUAAAUUACGUUCUAAGUUUCCCUAUUGUUUUAUAUCUUUUAUAUUUAAUUUUAUUUAUUCGUAAGAUUCGAAUGAUAACAGUGACGAUGAUAUACUGUUGCAGCUACUGCAAUAUAAAUAAGUAAGCUAAUGGAGCAUAAUUUCACGGAGCCAUCCGUGGGAACCCGGACAUCUUCUUCAGGAGCAUCUGCGAAUAAAAUAUUCGCGGUGCACUGGUGGAAAUAAGGAAUCGUCGCGCAGGUGAUCCAUUUCAGAGAACGCGGCCGGCUCUCUAUAAGUGCCUAGCCGGCGGAAAAAUUGAAAAGCCGCGCUAAUUCGCGCGACAAUGCUUCCCGGUUGCACGCCGGGACGAAAGUUUAUCGCGAACCUCGCGAAGAACGACCUUUGGCUAGUCGCCAGUCGUGGUACGAUCUUGCGGGACUCAUGGCCAAUGACGAGGACUACUCAUGUUGCGCUGAUUUGCAUAAUUUAUUAUGAACGAACGUUUCGGCGACAAUUUGGUCGACAUCUUCCUGCGUUAGGAAAAAUUUCCCAGUCGAUCAAACGCUGACUUUGUCUGUACUAUCGACGUCGAUCAUCGAAUAAUUUCUUUCGCAAUAUAUAUGGAAAAAGGAAAGCUUCUGUCUGAGCUUCGAUUAUUGGUAAUUCUAUCAUGUUCAUCCAUUACGGCCGGAAAAUAGCUGACGAAACUAAUGCUUCUUUACGUUGAUUUAUGAAAAGCGUUACAUUUAGAAGAUAAUCGUUUUCUUGUUAUUUAUAUUAAUACGAAUAUCGAUGAACCAGUAAAUUUAUUUUGUAUGAUCGAUUAGGUGAAUCCACCGGGCUAGGAGGCAACCGACGAGGAUGCACCAACACGCGACUCGUAACACGGAAUCAGAGCCAUGGCCCUCGGUAACCUCGACUUGCCUGUGUGACGCUCGGUGAUGGAUGCACCGGCAUUUACCAAAGUCGCUCGCCAGCUCGCUAGAGUCGCCUAGACGAUAGGAAGGAUCAGGGUGUAAAAAAGCAGCGACUUGGUCGGUGGAAGGACAAAGGAAACGAAAGAAAGAGAAAGAGAAAGAGAAACGAGGGGGAGGAAGAAACGCGAGAUCCAAAGACGGCUACAGAGGGGAAGAGAAAGAGAAAUGAGGGAAAAAGGAAGGGAAAGAGGUGUGCGCGCGGAAUUCAGAAGCGGAAAGAGGGAUGAAAAAAAGGAAAGGGGGAUAGAGCAGACAGGGAGUUAGAGUGAAAGAGUAAGAGGAAGAGAGCAGGGAUUAGAUCUUAGGGUGAGUGGGUAGGAUUGGAUUUGGCAGAGGCGGCUCCUCACGUUGGUGGUAGAAGGUUGCAAGAGAAGGAGGAAAGGGGAAGCAGAGACUUUGGUUGGUGUCCGAGUGGUGGUGGGGUUGCAGAUGGGGAAACGCAUCGAACCAAGGGGAGAGCGUCAGAGAAGGAGAGACGUAAGUGACAGAAUAGGUAGUGGUGUAGGUGAACUGGACAACCACCAGAACUCUCGCCAGUAUUUAAGGGAGAGUCGCGAGCGUAGCGCGCCAGUUACUACGGCCGAUUGCCUCCACGAGGUAUCCCCGAGCUAAACGGAGCCACUGUGCACUGCACCGAUUUCGCUCGAAAGAAAAGGGCGCGAAAAGUCUCAACCACGUGACUCGAUUUUCCGAAACAUCUCUCCCUUCGCCUGUUCUAUUUGUAUAAUUCGCGACUCCGUCCCUUCGUUUGAGAUUCAUGUCGAUUCAGUGAGAAAACGCGUCGAAACACCACGAGUUAGAGCUUCCGAGUUGACAAUUAACGUUUAAAAAUAAGAUCCGAAAUCCUUGAUAGGAGAAGUGAGAUAGUAAAAGGGUGAUUGAGCCCGUGAUAGCCAUCGAAUAUGAACGAAUGUGCGUCCCGUGAGGAAGUUCGCAGCGGUUCACGGAAGUGCACUAUUUAUGGAAGAGUUUGAACCGCCGCGCCAAGGGCUCUUUGGAACUUUCGCUCGUGGACCGUGCAGAUGAGCGUGCUACCAAGGGAAAGAAGGCGAAUCAUUUGGAUCCCGUACUCGAUGCUGCUGGCAUUUGGGCUGCUCCUGGUGCUGUCGGACGCCGGAGCUGUUCACCAACAAUCGAACCUCCUCCUACCGUUCCCGAACGUCUCGUUUGGAUUCGCCAAGGCCGCAACUAAUCGCGGUAUUUCAGUCACCAGGAUCCUGCAGGACGGGGAACUCGAACGGGUGAUUCGACUGCCUGGAAUUUGCGCCAAGGAGACCAUCGUCAAUUGGGGAGAUACGGACGUAGCACUGAGGCAGGUCUGGCUACAGGAGACGGCCAGAAAGGUGCAACUGAUAUACGAGGGUGGCACGCUUACUGACUGUGUGGACGAGAAACUCGACGUCGGUGACGAGAGAUCCUGCACAUCAAGCACGCACUUGGACGACGAUUACGGCGAUGAAACGUCCGUCGAACUGUUCGAUGUGGACGAUCAGAAGGACUCGUCGAGGAUCCCGCAGGACCUCUCCUGGCUCUCGUCCACGUCGGAUCUACGUCAUCGGUGCACCCACGUAAGGAACAGGGCGCGAAAUCAAUUGAUUUCACAACAUCGACGAAGGAAAUACUCGAAGCUUUUAAACGGAACGAGCAGCAGUCACCGCCAGAGACGAGGUAAGAGCCGCUCGCGAAGGGACUUGUUGAUGAUCCCAGGGACACAAUGGUGCGGCCGCGGUCAUCGGGCCACGAAAUACACGAAUCUGGGCGGUUUUGGCACAGCAGAUGCCUGCUGUCGCAGACACGACACGGCCUGUCCUUUUUUCAUUCCGGCUUUCGAGACGCGCUACGGUCUUUUCAACUGGGGUAUCUCGAGCAUGAUGCAUUGUGCCUGUGACGAACGAUUUCGUACGUGUUUAAAGAUGGCAGACACAGCAUCCGCGAAUUUUAUCGGCAAAAUCUUCUUUGACGUUCUAAGAACGAAAUGUUUUAUAUUGAAACCGCAAAAGGUUUGUACGAAAUGGUCCUGGAUGGGCAAAUGCCAGCAUCACGAAUACCGAAAGCAGGCUCAUGUCCGUGAAAAUGUUCCUUAUCAUUAAAUUAAAUGGAAGAGAUUUAAAAAGAGAGCGACGAAUGUUUGAGAAUAUUCUUUUUCUAGAGAUGUCAAUACCAAUUCUCAGGGAUGUAAUAGUUUAUCGAGAGUAUUCGAUCAUGACCCGAUCGGUCAUUUUUGGACAACAGAUCACAGAUAAAAGCAGUCAUCCUCUUUGACCGUCUGAAUGACAGAAUGACAAUACGUAGUGGUCGCUAUAGAAAGUGUAAUCAUUAGAGUAGAUUGACGACAGUUUUAUAUCAUAUUUCAGUUCCUUGGAUCGAUUCUUUGUAAGAUCGAGUUAAUCAUCAUUUAUAAUUGUAAAGCUAAUUGGUCGAGUAUCUAGAAUCUUUCAAACAUAUCAACUACGAAAAUUAUAUGAAGCAGAUUUACUUAUAUAAAAGUGGUUUGUAUUUAAUUUUUCAUAUUUGCAAGGUCAGAUUCGUUUUAGACUGCUGAUUUUUACUUAGUGGCUUAAUGGUAAAAUGAAAUGAAACGGAGAAAUGAAAUCGUUCGAAAUAGACAGGGUAUCAUUUUUAUUAUCUAUAUACUAACUAUGUAGUCGUUAUUGUCUUUGAAAAUGCCAAAUAAAUUAUUCUGUAGAUAAAUUAUAAUAAAACUGUACAUAUCAUGAGUAGCAUAA